CUUAUUUAGUAACUACAACUUAAGACUACUCUAUGGAAGACACCGCUUUUUACACCCACAAAUUCAUAAUUGCAGCUCGAUAUGAUUGAGUUUGAGGAGAGGUCCCAAGCCUUUCUGUCCUGGCUGUCUACAUCGUCUGUAUCGCUCAACAGUAAGAUUUCCUUGGCAGACCUUCGGAGCCAACAUGCUGGGCGAGGUGUUGUUGCCACAAGCGACAUCAUUGAAGACGAAAUUCUCUUCACUAUCCCUCGCGAGGUCAUACUCAUUGCUGAGAACUCAGACCUUUCGGCAAAGCUACCGCAAGUUCUAGAAGAACUAGAUUCAUGGACCGCACUGAUCCUUGUCAUGAUGUACGAGCACCUGAAAGGUUCCGCUUCACCCUGGAAACCAUACUUCGACGUCCUACCUCUGACUUUUGAUACUCUCAUGUUUUGGACACAAGAAGAGUUGGAAGAACUACAAGCCAGUGCAGUCAGAAACAAGAUUGGGAGGGAUUCGGCAGACAAGACCUUCCGCGAAACGAUACUACCUAUAUUUCAUUCGAAUGGCGCCAUCCUCUUCCUGAAUGGCAACUUCAUAUCCGAUGAGGAGCUGCUCAGCCUUGCUCACCGCAUGGCCUCAACCAUCAUGGCCUACGCUUUUGAUAUAGAGAAGAAAGACGGAGACAAAGAGUUUGAUGAGGAAGGAUACACUUCUGAUGAGGAUGAUGAGGUCCUUCCGAAAGGAAUGGUUCCUCUAGCCGACAUGCUCAACGCAGACGCCGAUCGAAACAAUGCCAGACUUUUCUACCAGGAAGAUGCACUAGUGAUGAAGGCCAUCAAGCCUAUAGCUGCGGGUGAGGAGAUCUUCAACGAUUACGGCCCGCUACCCAGAUCAGAUCUGUUGCGCCGCUACGGAUACGUCACCUCGAACUAUGCCAAAUUUGACGUUGUUGAAGUCUCGCAUGAGAUCCUAAUUGAUACUGUGGCCCAAAAUGGCGCGAUAUCACGCGAAGAGAUAGAUUCUAGACUCGAGUACCUUGACGGCGAGGGGAUCAUUGACACAGGCUAUGAUAUUUGCCGACCAGUCCCCGGAGAGCCGAUACAGGAAAUCUUCUCGCCUGAAUUGCUCACAGUUAUUGCGGCUCUUUUGAUGCCUACCGCAGACUUUGAGCAAAUGAAGGAGCGCGGGAAGCUCCCUAAGAUUGGGAGUAUAUCUUCGAAAGUAGCCAGCCUACUGUCGAAGCUAGUAAGGAAUCGUGCAAUGCAAUACGCGACAACCUUUGAGGAUGAUGAAGUCGCACUCAGCUCACUGCUCGCAAGUCAUACUCAAAAUAAUCUAUCACGCCAUUCAUACCGAAUGCAAAUGGCACUGGAAGUCCGACUAGGUGAGAAGUCUGCACUCAGAGAGGCUGAGCAAAUUCUACAACGACUGGAAGCCACCGCGAUCGAAUCGGAGAAAGAUCAUAAACGUAAUCCAAGAUUUCACACUGAUGAUGGAUCAAGCAAAAAACGUAAAGUUGGCUAAGCGUGCAGCGUAUGCGAUAGAUCUUACGUCUCAGUUCUACUGACAAAAAUCACGACUUUUCGGCGUGAUAGCCGACCCGUACCUACUACAGAGUACAUCCGCAUCCGAUACACAGGCCAAAGUUCUCGCUCGCAACUGCCACGAACACCAUCGCUGGUUAGCCGCUGCCAUUCAGCAAGCUGAUGACAA